GCUCAGAACCCCAUGCCCCCAGGAGGUGGUUACUUUGUGUCUAUUGUAUCCCUGUGCUGGUGUGUUUGUAUAUUUCUUGGGACCUGAUACUGAGAGUGAAAAGAAUGGCAGAUGAGCAAGAAAUCAUGUGCAAAUUGGAAAGCAUUAAAGAGAUUAGGAACAAGACCCUGCAGAUGGAGAAGAUCAAGGCCCGUUUGAAGGUUGAGUUUGAGGCCCUUGAAUCAGAGGAGAGGCACCUGAAAGAAUACAAGCAGGAGAUGGACCUCCUACUACAGGAGAAGAUGGCCCAUGUAGAGGAACUCCGACUGAUCCAUGCUGACAUCAAUGUGAUGGAAAACACCAUCAAACAGUCUGAAAAUGACUUAAACAAGUUGCUAGAAUCUACCCGCCGGCUACAUGAUGAGUAUAAGCCACUGAAGGAACAUGUGGAUGCCCUGCGCAUGACUCUGGGCCUGCAGAGGCUCCCUGACCUAUGUGAAGAGGAAGAAAAGCUCUCUUUGGAUUACUUUGAGAAGCAGAAAGCUGAAUGGCAGACGGAGCCUCAGGAGCCCCCCAUCCCCGAGUCCCUGGCCGCUGCAGCUGCGGCUGCCCAACAACUCCAGGUGGCUAGGAAGCAGGACACUCGGCAAACAGCUACCUUCAGGCAACAACCCCCACCUAUGAAGGCCUGCUUGUCAUGUCAUCAGCAAAUUCACCGGAAUGCACCUAUAUGCCCUCUGUGCAAAGCCAAGAGUCGGUCCCGGAACCCCAAAAAGCCAAAACGGAAGCAGGAUGAAUGAAAAGAUGGAGAACACAUGAGCUCUGCUACUCAUAACCUGUCCCCCUGGCCAGAGUGCUUGAUGUCCUGAUGUGAAACAACCCUUCCUCACCUUUACCAAGUCUCCUAUUUAAUGUGAUGGAAGCACAACCCCCUCUCUCACUUUGCUCUUCUUUCUGCUCUUGGAGUUUCAGGGUUAGGAAGAGAUGUGGUUCAGGUGCUAAUGACAGUAUGUCUGAUGAUCCCCUCUCUCUCACCUAUACUUUAACCCCUUGUUUGAAGCUGAGGGAAGGACAGAAGGCAUAGAUGUGAUUCUCUGUCUCUUGUGUCUGAGGCCUGGGGCCUAAGAUCUAAGGGAUAAGAGAGGCCCAUAUCUGUUUGAGGUGAAAGCUCCAGUAUAUCCAAUCCCUGUACUUUUGCCUUAGGUUCUGAAGGGGCAAUAAUCUUCUUGCUGGACUUUUCAACAGGCUUGGUGCAUAUACCCCCACACCCACCUUGAUCUCAUCCACAAGGCUCAGAGGUAGCUUGGACAACCCCUCCUUUUCAUAGUCAUUCAGGAGGCCUGGCUGUCAUGAUAGAGUUGACCAACUUCCCCAAUCCAGUCUUCUAGAUAUACUAGAAUUCUCAGGUACCAGGCUGUGUGUCUCGGAAUCCUGAGAUUUGCAGAUCUUCUUCCUAUAACACCAGUUUUUGCAAAUCAGUUAAUAGAAGUUCCCUACAGUGAAAUCUGGCAGCCAGACCCACUCCACUAGUCCUGCCUAACUCAUUGCCUAAGUCAUUGAGCUGAGGGCUCAGCCUUAUGCUGAGAGGGGCCCAGGCAGACAUCUGUGUUGCCUUUUAUUCAAAAACAUUAUUCUGGCUCUUACGCAGUGGUAUAUCUUAAGGGUCAGAGGAAUGGGUUGAGAUUCAAGUGAGUGCCAGUUACUUUACCCAUGCAAGUGAGUGGGACUUACCUCCACUCAUCCCUUCCCCUCUUCUGUAAGGUAGGCUCAGCUCAGUUCACUUGCUGGCCACCCUCUUUCCUAUAGAUUGUGCAGGUGGCCUUCCCUCCCGAAAGAAAAGGCACUGGGCUCCCCAAGUCCUAUUCUUCUCCUUUCUACCAAUGUUAGAUCUCUAGUCAAGUCACUCUUGGACUUAAGGGAUGAGGAUGGUGGUUGGCUGACUGAAAAAGUUUUACUCCAGGUUUCAGUUCCUGGUUGGGGAGGGGUAGAUAUUUUUUCCUUCUUUUCUUAACUGUAGUUUUAAAUUGCCACAGUGUCUGUGUGUUCAUAAUAUAAAAGUUUCCUCUGCUCUUUGAAAGUAAGAGUAUUAUAUAUGUACAAAUCCUUUUAAAUAAACAUUUGUUCAUUGGA